GAAGAGUGUCAGGCCCUGUGAACAUUGUGUCCAAGAACGCGAUGCAGUACCGCGGGAAUGCCCAGCAUGACGCGCAGGAGUUCCUGCUUUGGCUUCUGGACAGAGUCCAUGAAGAUCUGAACAACGUCGUGAAUUCCAGCGGCAUGCCUCCGCUCAAGCCACCGCUGGAGGACGACGUGCUGCUGGAGGGACCAGCCUUUCCAAUCAGUAGUACCUUUGUGCAGGAACUCUUUCAAGCCCAGUACAGGUCCUCCCUGACCUGCCCUCAUUGCCAGAAGCAGAGUAACACCUUUGACCCUUUUCUCUGCAUCUCUCUGCCGAUCCCUUUGCCUCAUACACGGCCGCUCUACGUCACCGUGGUGUACCGGGGGAAGUGCUCGCACUGCAUGCGCAUCGGCGUGCCCGUGCCCAUCUCCGGGACCGUGGCCAGGCUGCGGGAGGCCGUCUCCUCAGAAACCAAGAUCCCCACGGAGCAGAUCGUGCUGACGGAGAUGUACUACGAUGGGUUUCAUCGGUCCUUCUGCGACACUGAUGACCUGGACACCAUUCAUGAAAGCGACUGCAUUUUCGCCUUUGAGACCCCCGAGAUAUUUAGGCCUGAGGGUAUACUCAGUCAGAGAGGAAUACAUGUGAACAAUAACCUGAAUAACUUGAAAUGUGGCACUGAGCACUCCCGAACAAUAUCUUACUCUCAAGGAACAGUGAAGUCUGGAAAACUGGAACAGUCCUCCACGAAACCAGCAGCGACCGACAAGAUUGUGUUGCUGGUGUGUAACAGAGCGUGCACUGGACAGCAGAGCAGAAGGUUUGGCUUGCCUUUUGUGUUGCAUCUGGAAAAAACAAUUGCUUGGGAUAUUCUGCAGAAGGAAAUUCUGGAGAAGAUGCAGUAUUUCCUGCGGCCUGCAGCCUGCCUGCAGGUUUGCCCGUUCAGCUUGCGAGUGGUCAGUGUUGUGGGCAUAACGUACUUGCUACCUCAGGAGGAGCGGCCCCUCUGCCAUCCCACAGUGGAAAGGGCAUUGAAGUCAUGUGGACAGGGGGGAACGGCUCAUGUGAAAUUAGUGGUAGAAUGGGACAAAGAAACUAAAGAUUACUUGUUUGUGAAUACGGAAGAGGAAUAUAUUCCAGACUCCGAGAGCGUCCGCCAGCAGAGAGAGCUUCAUCACCAACCUCAGACCUGCACUUUAUCUCAGUGUUUCCAACUCUACACCAAAGAGGAACAGCUCGCCCCCGAUGACGCGUGGCGAUGCCCACACUGCAAGCAGCUGCAGCAGGGUAGCAUCACCCUCAGCCUCUGGACCUUGCCUGAUGUUCUCAUCAUACAUCUCAAAAGGUUCCGGCAGGAAGGAGACCGAAGGAUGAAACUUCAGAACAUGGUUAAAUUCCCCCUGAGUGGCUUGGACAUGACUCCUCACGUUGUCAAGCGCAGCCAGAGCAGCUGGAGUCUGCCGUCGCACUGGUCACCCUGGAGGAGACCGUAUGGUCUGGGGAGGGAUCCUGAAGACUAUAUCUAUGACCUGUACGCUGUCUGUAAUCACCACGGCACCAUGCAAGGGGGACACUACACAGCAUAUUGCAAAAACUCGGUUGAUGGCCAGUGGUACUGCUUUGAUGACAGUGAUGUUCAGCAACUUUCUGAAAACGAAGUCUGCAAGCAGACAGCUUAUAUUCUUUUCUACCAGAGACGCACAGCAAUCCCGUCAUGGUCUGCUAACAGCUCUGUGGCAGGCUCCACAAGCUCCUCGCUCUGCGAGCACUGGGUCAGCCGCCUCCCCGGCAGCAAGCAGCCCAGCAUCGCCUCAGCAGCCUCGUCCCGGCGCACGUCUCUGGCUUCGCUCUCGGAAUCGGUGGAGCUGACUGGGGAAAGGAGCGAAGAUGAUGGGGGGUUUUCAACUCGGCCGUUUGUCAGAAGUGUCCAGCGUCAGAGCUUGUCAUCUAGAUCUUCUGUCACCAGCCCGCUGGCAGUGAGUGAAAAUGGUGUCAGGCCCUCGUGGUCCCUCUCCGCAAAACUACAGUUGCGCUCCAACUCCCCAUCACGCUUCUCCGGAGAUUCCCCUGUACAUACCUCUGCCUCCACCCUGGAGAAGAUCGGGGAGGCUGCUGACGAUAAAGUCUCCACCUCCUGCUUUGGCAGCCUGAGGAAUCUCUCUAGCAGCUACCUGGAGCCCUGUGACGGCAGUCGGCGUGAGCACAGGACGGCUCGCAGAGCCCCUUUGGCCGUCAUGGAAGGGGCGUUCAGGGAGGAGUCUGUUGUAAGGACAUCGAGCUCGGAUCUUUCAGAUGGGUGUGGGAAGAGCUCUGUGCAGCCGGACAGGAAUCGCCCUGCUUUGGACCCUUUUGAUAACAACAAUCAGAUCGCCUUUGUGGAUCAGAGUGAUUCUGUGGAGAGCUCUCCGGUCAAGGAGGUGAAGGCCCCUGGGGCAGGGCUGGCCGCAGAGAAGGCGGAUGGCACCCCUAAGAAGGGUCAUGGCUCCAAGGGCGUUUCUGAGCCGGACAAAAGCUUGAGGAAGGGAAGGACAGUCUUACCUACCCAAGAGACCAAAGUCUCUCACUCUUCUCCUCAGCUAAAGAGCUCCCAGAAAGUUUCCCGAUCUAGGAGUAGGACGGACUCCUCUCGGGCCGGUGGGCGACAUGGGUCUCCUGCUCCCAGCCAGGUGAGGAAGGACCACAGCACGAAGCCCCCGGAGGCGGCCGUCCCGUCGGCCCAACAGAAGCAAAAGCCAGGUUCUUCUCCAUCCUCCACAGCUGCCAAGAAAACCCCCUCGGGCUCAUUGACUAAGGGGUCUUCUGCUGGGAAGAGCCGGGCUUCAGACCGGAGCCUCAGCAGGGAGGGCUCUAAGAUAAGUCUGGGGUCGGAUAAAACGAGCGUUACCAGCAGUUCCCGAACGAGCUCCCCGCGGAUCAGCCACUCCCGGAGCGACGGCCGGGCGGCCGACAGCCGGCACGUGCGGAGUUCCUCCAUGGCCAACCUGCGGUCCCCAAACGUCGGGCUGCGCUCUGGCUUGAAGAGGGACAGCAAGUCGGAAGAGAAGGGGUUGUCUUUCUUUAAAUCGGCCUUAAGGCAGAAGGAGACCCGGAGGUCGGCAGACCUGGGAAAGACAACGAUGCUCUCGAAAAAGACGGGGAGUGGCUGUUCCAAGUCAGGCAGUAAAACCGUGCUGGAAGACAAAUCAGAGAAAGGUGUUGUCCCACCAGCCCCUCAGACCAACGCCAACAUUACUGCAAAAGAAAAACUGGUCCCUAAAGAUGCCACACCCAACAAACAUUCUCUGCUAUCCAGCCGCAAGUCCAAGUCUUCCCAGCUAGAUCCCGGAGUCCAGUCUCCUCCUUCCAGUGGCAAGCAGGCUGCUGACAAGCCGCUGAAAAAAUUACCUUCCAGCAUGCAGGUGUCUGUACGGCCUUCUCUGGAACCUCAGUGAAAUGCUGCAAUCCAGGUGUCUUUUCUUCUGCUGAGAAGCUAAUUUAUUCUGAGCUCUUGUUUUUUUGUUCAUGUGCCUAAUGUAUGUUUUGAGGAGAAGUUAACUGCAAGUUGUUAAAGCGCCUUUUGAUUCUGCCAUCAAACCAAAUAGCCACAGGCAGCCAGCACUGAUGCAAGUAGUCUAGCUGGAGUCGUUGUUGAACAUGAAUGCAGCUGUCCCAUAGCACUUGUACAGGAGUCUCUUUACAGAAAAUGCAACAACUUUCUUCAGAUUCAGGGUCUGAAAUCUGAAACCCAGUUGUACUGACAUUAGUGUGCUUUGUAGAGCUGUGAACUGAUAUUCCUUUGGUCUUGUUCUGAGCAGGCUGUGUCCGCGCUGGCGUCUGGCCUUGUUCUGAGCUGUGGAGGAUGCGAAGGAAACUGGAGAGACUGCCGCUUCUUUAUGCUCUCUCUCAGCCCUCUCUCCCUGCUCCCCUCCAUUUUUCAAGCUUUCUAAAGGGCAAUAUUUCAACACUAAUGUUGUUUCUCAGGUAUAUACUCAGCCAGUAUAGGAGGGACUAGCAUUAGUGGAUGGACAGAAAGGUACCUGUGUGUCUGUGCGUACAUGCGUCUGUGUAACAGAUUUCAUUUUUGCAUUCCAACGCCAGAAAGUUUAUUUCUGUGAAACGUAACCUGCAUUUUUUUGUUGCUAUGUCUCUGAAGAAUUUUGCUCUGUCCUUACCUAAGGCGCCCUCUACCCUAUCCUCUUUGAUUACAUUCUCUUCCGAAACACUACAUUAAGCACCAGAAGAAAUCACUACGCAGCAGCUGGUUGCCAGCUCGUACCUGUGGGUGCGGGGCGGGCGCGGUGCCGUGGGAGAGCUGUCUUCGUGCAGCUGGGUGGCAGCGGUGCUGGUGGGACCCCUGCUCAGACUCCUGAGAAGAAGCGUUUCCUAAUGUGCUCAGAUGCUUAGUCGUAGUGGUGUGAAUAUAGCAUCCGUUAUUUAUAGGAGUAACGUUUAGAUAAGCCAAGUGUCGUCUUGUCUUCUCUGCCUUCUCUGAGCAUGCUUUGAACAAGCCUCUUCCCGCGGGCUGGAGGGGCUCUACCAGAACACCCCGGAGCACUUCUCACGUGCCCCCGAGCGCUGCUGCCUGCGGCGUGCUCGUCCCCCUCCCCACGGCCCCUCAGGGCCCCGCUCCUGCUUGGUCACCACCUCUAUCAGGGUUAAAACACUACAUCUAGUCACGUCUUUGUUUACAUGCCCUUCUGACAGGGGAGGUUCCUCAAGCUCUUUAAGAUUCCUCUUAACAGGUGGAUUCCUCAAGUCCUUUUCUAUACAUGUGGUGUAAUCUUUUGGUUUUAAUUUCAUCAGUUUUUAUCGAUGUGCUGCGUAUCCUCUGUGUACAGCAGCAGCCUGCGGUGUGGGUCAGCAGCUGGGCAGUGGGCACGCUUGUCUUCUGAGUGCGGUCUUGGCCUCUCGUAGUCUUGCGUGGCAGAGCUUCUCCAGGCUUAGCUUGUGGACAGGCCUCUGUACCCCUCCGCUGUCAGCGCAUCCGACAGCCCUCGCCGAGCAGGGACUGAGCUGCUCUGUGCCCCCUCCCUUGAGCUGACGUGCUGGUGACCUGCAGGAAGCCUUGUCCCCGGGUCUGCCGGGCACCUCUACUCCGCGGUCAGGGUUUGUGCUCGGCUGGCCCCGCAGCUGCAGCAGGCUUCGCAGAGAAGCGUUUUGGGGGUGGCUGGCGCCCCGGAGAAAAGGCAGCGUGUGCGUGGAGCUGGGCUGGGGAGCCCUGCCCG